AUGUCUGAUUGCAAACUGUGCACUACUCCGGUCGACGUUGGGUCAAAACUGAGCGCUGAAUCUGGCGCUCCAGCUGUUGAUGGUACUCUUUAUCGUAGUCUCGCUGGAGCACUUCAGUACCUCACUAUCACUCGUCCGGAUAUUGUCUAUGCAGUCCAGCAGGUUUGUUUGUUCAUGCAUGACCCUCGAGAACCCCACUUUCAGUUUCUCAAAAGUAUUUUGCGCUACAUUCGCGGGACUCUUGACUAUGGAUUGCAGCUUUCUCCAUCUCGCUCGUCAUCCCUGACUGCGUAUUCGGAUGCUGACUGGGGUGGAUGUCAAGACUCUCGUCGCUCCACGUCCGGUUAUUGUAUAUACUUGGGGGACAACCUGAUCUCCUGGAGCUCUAAACGUCAGCCAACCAUUUCUCGAUCUAGUGCAGAGGCGGAAUAUCAUGGGGUUGCCAAUGCUGUUGCUGAGGCAAGUUGGAUUUGA